AGUGCGCCAUCUUGUGCAAGUUCCUGUCACUCGGCGUGACGGCCUCCAUCUUUAUCUCUGUGGGCAGCAUCGUCAUCGUCGUCUCGUGUGUUGUCGCCCUCGUCUGCUGCUGCCGGCGCACACUCUGCCGCAAGUCGCAGGACCUGACGACCUGUGGCGGCGGCGGGGUCGUCACCACAGCAACCGCUGUCGUGGCCAACGGCACUGGGGGUGGUGGAGGGCCAUGUGUGGCCAGCUAUCAAGGUUCACGAGCAGCAAGCGCGUUCAGCAACCACGCCUACUCCCACCAGGGCUACUACCCCAUGCAGCCCGUCUACCCCACCCCUCACGGCUCUUUGUAUUCAUACGCCAAAGAUCCCUACACCCCAGCCGGCACCGCCUACGCCCCAGCCGGCACCGCCUACGCCCCAGCCGGCACCGCCUACGCCCCAGCCGGCACCGCCUACGCCCCAGCCGGCAGCACAUACUCCUCCCAGCAGUCACAGCACCGCCCCUACACCCCUACCAGCAGCAAGUCGGGAAAAUCCAAUAAGUCUAAUAAUAGCACCAGUGUCACCUACAGUCAGGGGACAGAGAAAGUCUCACUUCCGGUCAAUCUCUAGCAGGACCGGCAAGUUUCUACUGGUCAAGUUUCUACUGGUCAAGUUUCUACUGGUCAAGUUUCUACUGGUCAAGUUUCUACUGGUCAAGUUUCUACUGGUCAAGUUUCUAUUGGUCAAGUUUCUACUGGUCAAGUUUCUAUUGGUCAAGUUUCUAUUGGUCAAGUUUCUAUUGGUCAAGUUUAUACUGGUCAAGUCAAACAGAGCAGAAGAACCAAGACAGCAGGUCAAAAACGGAAACCCAUCACUGCCAGGGUCAUGUUGCUAGGCAACUGGUCGUAUAUGGGUCAUCUUGGUCAAGUUGCUAGUCGUACAUGGGUCAAUAGGUUUUGUCUACUGUUGAAAGUUGUCGACCAACUUCAAAUCAACAGAUGACAUUACAAACAACAUUCACAUUCUGGGCGAGACAGUAGGGGCGUGGUCUCGAGUUUGGACAGAAUUUAUGAAAUAGUGAGCACCAAUCGUCGCCAGAUUUAUUUGAAUACAUUCAUAGUGUCUGUCUGUAUUUCAUGUUCGUCAUCUUAACUGUGCACUACACAUGCACCAAUGAUUUCCACUAAUGAUGUGCACCAAUGAUGUGCACCAAUGAUGUGCUGCAGUGAUGUGCACCAAUGAUGUGCUGCAGUG